AGUCCGCAAAGACCCGCUUAAACUGAGCUUCUAUUAUGACUCCGAGCAGGCGGGUCACGACGCCCAGAAGCCUCCUCUUGCUGCUCUCGGGGACCCUGGCCCUGACCGAGACCUGGGCGGGCUCCCACUCUCUGAGGUAUUUCGAGACCGCCGUGUCCCGGCCCGGCGGCGGGGAGCCCCGCUUCAUCUCCGUCGGUUACGUGGACGACACGCAGUUCGUGCGGUUCGACAGCGACGCCCCGAAUCCGAGGGAAGAGCCGCGGGCGCGGUGGGUGGAGCAGGAGGGGCCAGGGUAUUGGAAUCGCAAUACGCGGUUCUACAAGGACACCGCACAGUGGUACCGAGGGAGCCUGAACACCCUGCGCGGCUGCUACAACCAGAGCGAGGCCGGGUCUCACACCGUCCAGAGGAUGUACGGCUGCGACGUGGGGCCGGACGGGCGCCUCCUCCGCGGGUACUGGCAGGACGCCUACGACGGCAAGGAUUACAUCGCCCUGAACGAGGACCUGCGCUCCUGGACCGCGGCGGACGCGGCGGCUCAGAUCACCCAGCGCAAGUGGGAGGCGGCCGGUGAUGCGGCGGAGCAGGAGAGGAACUACCUGGAGGGCAGGUGUGUGGAGUGGCUCGGCAGAUACCUGGAGAACGGGAAGGAGACGCUGCAGCGCGCAGACCCUCCAAGGACACAUGUGACGCAUCACCCCACCUCUGACCGUAAGGCCACCCUGAGGUGCUGGGCCCUGGGCUUCUACCCUGCGGAGAUCUCACUGACCUGGCAGCGUGAUGGGGAGGACCAGGCCCAGGACACGGAGCUCGUGGAGACCAGGCCUGCAGGGGACGGGACGUUCCAGAAGUGGGCGGCCCUGGUGGUGCCUCCCGGAGAGGAGCAGAGAUACACGUGCCACGUGCAGCACGAGGGGCUUCAGGAGCCCCUCACCCUGAGAUGGGAGCCGCCUCCUCAGCCCACCGUCCCCAUCAUGGGCAUCAUUGUUGGCCUGGUUCUCUUUGUGGUCAUUGGAGCUGUGGUGGCGGGAUUUGUGAUCUGGAGGAAGAGGCGCUCAGGUGAAAAAGGAGGGAGCUAUGCUCAGGCUGCAAACAGUGACAGUGCCCAGGGCUCUGAUGUGUCUCUCACGGAUCCCAGAGUGUGAGACAGCUGCCUUGUGAGUGCACUGAGUGGUGCAAGAUGUGUUCACGACCCACUUUAUGACUUCAGAUCCCCUGACUCCUGUUUCUGCAACUGCACCUGAAUGUGUCUGUGCUCCUAUUAGCAUAAUGUGAGGAGGUGGGGAGACUGGCCCACCCCUGCCCCCCACACCCCUCCCCACCCUGACCUGUGUUCUCUUCCCUGGUUGACUUCUCUUCCAGCAGGUGGGGCUGGGCCAUCUCCAUCUCUGUCUUAACUUUGUGCUGCAUUUUAUAAUAAUUUCUUACUUUCCUAAUGAAAAUAAAUCUGGAUAUGAAUUUGGUUUUUUUUUGUAAUUGGUGCCACAAGCCAUUAAUGAAAUAAUAAAGGUGAAGAUUCCUAAAAUUUGUGAGUGGAAAUAAAGAAGCACUCAGAACCUUCCAGAA